CCAUCAACGAUUCGUUCGCGCGAACCGGACAUCGCUAGUAAAUAAACGCCGAGGCUCCGGAACUAAGACGAUAUUUCAUGAAAUCUAAAGGAUGGAAAUAAGGCUUCCGAUUUUCACACACAAUCAUGUUGUAUUGUGUGUCUCCGCGGUGUUUGUUUUCGUUGGCGUGUGUGGCGUGUCAGCGAUAGACGUGUUCACUCCAGACGAGGUGUUUGUGGAGAACGGGACCACAGUCACUCUGUCCUGCAGCUUCAAGUCUAGAGAAGUGAUCAGUAGUUCAGCGUCAGUGACGUGGUCUUUCCUUCCGGAGGGAGAAACCGGAGCGUCCACUUCAUUCUUCUAUUACUCCACUGGGAAGUCGUUUCCGGGCACGAUGCCGCAGUUUAAGUCUCGUGUGGAGUGGGCCGGAGACAUGAACAAGAAGGACGUGUCGAUCCGUGUGAUCCAGAUGCAGUUCAAGGACAACGGGACGUUCAGCUGCGACGUGAAGAAUCCUCCGGACAUCUCCGGACAGAUGUCCUUCAUUAAAGUCAGGGUGGUCAUGAAAGAGGCUCUUCCUCAGACCAGCACAGCGGUGAUCGUGGGGGGGGUGAUCGGAGCCGUGAUCGGCAUCAUCAUCAUCGCUGUGGUCACCUACCUGAUCAUCAGACGACGGGAGCCCAGUCACGCCUACGAGGGCUGCACCUCGUUAGAGAGUGUGAGCUCACAGAACACUAGGGUGGGGAAGAAAGUGGAGUCUAGCAACGACAACUCGCGCUGCUCCAGCCCCUCCGCCCCUGUACAGGGGCCGGUGAUCUACGCCCAGCUCGAUCACUCCGGCAGUAAGAACUCCUUCCACAAGAUGGAGCCGGUGGUGUACGCAGACAUCCGUAAGAACUAGAGCUCCUGGCGUGUGCAUCUCUUCUUCUGCUCGUUCAGAGCGUGAUCGGUCACACGGGUGGGUUAGGACUGGACUGAUGACGGCACGUGACCACAGACUCUUUCUUCUGUUUCUAUGUCAAUGUGUGUUUCUAGAUUACCAUAACGCCGCUGUAGAGGACGGAUCUCACACGUCUCCCCACUCAAACUACACAGACGUUACACAGACUAGUGCUUUCUAUCAUCCCCAGAGUCUCUUUAGAUUCUCACUACUGGAGUACAGUACUCUUUUACUGUUUUACAUUCAAAAAUACUGUUUUGUCUUUGUUUUUUGGCAUUUAAAUCAAGAAAAAUACUAUCAAGAUUAGGGAUGUCAGUUUUAGAUUAUUUCCAUUAUCAAUCGUCGUUUAACAUUCAGAUCAUUUUACUGAACGUGCCUCUUUAAAUGGUUUCCUGGUGCUUCUUGUGUUUUAAAACACAAUUGCAAUGUUUUGACUCACAUCAUGGCGUUUAAAAUACAAUGAUCCGAGCCGGGAUUUAUUUGGAGGUCAUUGCUCACGUCUCAUUCGGCACAAAUCCAAAUGUUUCCAUAUUCACAGUGUAUUUGAAUGUUAAACUAUUAUUUAUCAUGUAAACUGCUCUGCUUGUACUUUAAAUGCUUUCAUAUAUCUGGAAAAGAUCAUCCUCUUCACAUGAGCAAGAACGUCCUUGGCAUCACGGCAGAUUGAAUUGAACAGCUGAGACAUAAAAACACUUUGGAGUAAGAUAUCAUCUGCAAAAGUUUACUUUUAUUAGUGCACACUAAAAAUGUGUUCAUCAUGAAUGAACUAUGAUGCAUUUAUCAUUAGCACAACAUUAAAUCAGUUACCUGACCAUCGAAAGCUGUAAUCGACUGCAUCUCUUAUCAACAGUUAAUUGAUCAUCGAUUAAUCAUUGACAUCCCUAAUCGUGAUGCAUCAAUAUUUUGCCACUUAAGUAAUAUAUUUUGGUUUUGCAUAAUGAGCAUGAGAGAUUAUGGGAAAAUGUUUUCAGUUGUUGUUUUCUUCAGUUAAUGAUCAAGUUCCUUUUUUUUCAUCAGGGUCACAUUUCACCACGAAAUCAAUCAAUUAAAAACGAUAGUUUGCCAAAUUAAGUCUUUCUAAAUGGUUUUUUUUAUGACACUUUUUGACAAUUAUGAUUCUCAUUACUGCGUUAAAUUAUAUUACUGUAAAAAAAAAAAAGAAAUUAACGUAAAAAAGCAUAAAUAUUUUGCCAUUUAAGUAAUAUAUUUUGGAUAUUGAUCAUGAGAAUUAUUUUUAUUUUUAAAAGGUCAAGCUUUUUUUUUAUGCACAUUUCUACACCAUAUCAAAAUUGGUUUUGUGUAGAUAAAAUAUAAACCGAGCCUCUUUCACAAAUAAAUUCUGGGAAAUACAGGGAUAAUGUUGUUCAUACACACUGCAGAAUCAUUCACACACAUCCCGUAAAGAUCAUUAAAAACCCUCGAUUUCAUUACUGUAAUAGUUAUAAUUUUUAAACAUUGAAAUACCAUUGUGUACAUACUUUAGAUUUACAUUACAAAUUAUUUUUGCUUUAUGAGAAUUUGCAUUGUGAUGUUAUUUUUAUUUUUUUCAUUAAUUGUCCAGAGGAGACGUGUAAUUUUUGGAUGUGAUGUCCAUCAGGUGUAGUGUGUGUGGUGAGACGUGAGAUCGGUCCGGAUGCGUCUGCAUGUAACUGACCUUCUAACCACUGUCCAGUCCAGUGUUAUACAGUACUGCUUGUGUCAAAGCAGUUUACAGUGCAAGAAGACAGCUGAGGAUCAUGGGUAAUCGUCACGCGUCCAUGAUCCGAAACACUCCAAAAGCUGACGAACAGGAGGACGGUUUGCACGUCUCAAUGGUUAGACUAGUUAGCUUGUUAACAAGAGCGCACUAAUCCUGUUAGCAUAGAUGUUCUUCAGUGAGAGUUCAGUCAGCUCGACUCGACUCCAUGUUCUGCAUUUAAUGCAUGUCUGCCAUUCGAGUUGAAACACUCCACUUUUAUGUCUUAAGUUUAAAAAAAGAUUUGUUUUUAAAAAUGUACAUUUCAUGUGUUAUAACUUAAAUUUUGUUUUCAUUUCUGACACUUUUGAACACUAUUGAGACCAAAAUGAGCUGUGAUUGAUGGAUCAUUCCUUUGCUUUUCUGAUGCUGGAGUCAUGUUAUUUUUGUUGUGUUUAGUUUUUUUGAUAAUUUUCUUUAUACCGUACAUUCCAUGAUGCCUGUCAGUACUGAUGUGAUUCUGUUACUGCGGUUGCAUAUCCUGCGCUAUUUCUGAUUCAGACUGGAGCACUCUUGCAUCACAUGAUCAUGUUAACUGGAACACUAUGGAUGAGAGUGCCUUCAUCGACCAAUGCCUGUUACACACUUCCUGUGUUUUCUUCUUGUUUUAUUUGCUUUUUGUAUAUGAACACAGUCAUAUCUGUCUAAUUUUAUACAUUAUACAAAAAAUAUAUCAAACUGAAUUAAAGCACCUGUUAUGUG